UUUCCUGCUAUUUUGGGUAUAUAUAUAUGUGUCAACACACAUAAAACAAGGCCAACCAGAGUCAGCCACAUAGAGGCCAUCGAGAAGCAUAAUCAUCUGUGAAGUGUUCUGAGUUCUUAAGUUUGCCUGUCAAUGGCUUCAGUUGGGGCAGUGAAGCUCUUUUUCUGUUUCGUUCUAUGGCUCUCAAACAUACUCUCUUCUUGUCAAGGUAAGGAGAAUUUCUACGAAAACCAGUACCCAUUUAUCAGACGCGCGAGCUCAUUCUCAUCAUCAUCAUCAUCAUCAUCCUCUGGUGGUGACAAUGUUUAUGAUUACAUAAUUGUGGGAGGAGGCACAGCUGGGUGUCCUUUGGCUGCCACCCUCUCUCAAAACUUCAGUGUUCUAUUGCUUGAAAGAGGGGGUGUCCCUUUCUCCAAUUCAAAUGUCUCAUUUUUACAGAACUUCCACAUUGCCUUAGCAGACACUUCUCCAACUUCUGUCUCCCAAUUCUUCAUUUCCACAGAUGGAGUCCUUAAUGCUAGAGCUAGAGUUUUGGGUGGUGGCACUUGCAUCAAUGCUGGCUUCUACACUAGAGCAAACGCAAGGUUUAUAAAGAGAAGGGGUUGGGAUGCCAAGCUAGUGAAUGAGUCCUACCCUUGGGUUGAGAAACAAAUUGUCCACCGGCCUAAACUUGCACCUUUGCAGAGAGCUGUAAGGGACAGCCUUCUGGAUAUUGGGGUGUCACCUUUUAAUGGAUUCACAUAUGAUCACAUCUAUGGAACCAAGAUUGGUGGGACCAUUUUUGACAGGUUUGGCCAUCGGCACACAGCUGCUGAACUACUUUCUUCUGGGAACCCUCGGAAGCUCACUGUAUUGAUUCAUGCCUCUGUCCAAAAGAUUGUAUUCGACACAACAGGAAAGCAACCAAAGGCUGUGGGGGUCAUUUUCAAAGAUGAAAAUGGUAACCAACAUCAAGCAGUUCUCGUAAAUAAGGCAAAGAGUGAAAUCAUAUUGUCUUGUGGAGCAAUUGGGACGCCUCAAAUGCUACUGCUAAGUGGAAUUGGACCAAAAGCUGAUCUUAAAAAGCUCAACAUUCCAGUAGUGCUUAAUAACAAGUUUGUUGGGAAAGGCAUGGCUGAUAACCCCAUGAACACAAUAUUUGUUCCCUCUAAUAGGCCAGUUGAGCAGUCACUCAUACAAACUGUGGGGAUUACAAAGAAGGGUGUGUACAUUGAAGCUAGCAGCGGAUUUGGACAAUCCAACGAUAGCAUUCACUGCCACCAUGGUAUCGUGUCAGCCGAGAUUGGGCAGCUCUCCACAAUCCCACCAAAGCAAAGAACACCAGAGGCCGUUCAAGAAUACAUAAAAAACAAGCGGAACUUACCUCAUGAAGCGUUCAAGGGAGGCUUCAUUCUAGAAAAGAUUGCCAAUCCCUUAUCAACAGGUGAGCUCAACCUGAUCAACACCAAUGUUGAUGAUAACCCCUCUGUCACCUUCAACUACUUCAAACAUCCGUAUGAUCUUCAACGCUGCGUUGAUGGAAUUCGCAUGGCCACGAAGAUUGCACAGUCAGAACAUGUAACAAACUUCACAAGGUGUAACAAGGAAACUGUGGAUAAAAUACUUAACAUGAGUGUCAAGGCUAGUGUGAACCUUAUACCUAGGCAUACUAAUGACACUAAGUCCAUGGAGCAGUUUUGCAAAGACACUGUGAUCACAAUUUGGCACUACCAUGGUGGGUGCCAUGUGGGCAAGGUUGUCAACCCUGAGUACAAGGUUCUUGGUGUUCACAGGCUCCGUAUUGUUGAUGGCUCAACAUUUAGUGAAUCCCCAGGCACAAAUCCUCAAGCCACUGUAAUGAUGAUGGGCAGGUACAUGGCAGUGAAGAUUUUGAGGGAGAGAUUGGGAAGAGCAGCUGGCAUAUGAGGGAGGGUGGAAGCCCAGUUAGGAGGAUAAGAAAGUGUUGAUUAGUAAUGUAAUUUUAUCAUAUUAAUUCUUAGCAAGCAGUAAUAUGUAGAAAAUAGGCUUGCCACUGGAAAUCCUUAUUCCACCCUAAGCUAUUUAUAAUUUUAGUUUGUAUU